AUCCAAUCCCGCGAUCUGUUUUCAGACUCUAUUGACAGGUACGCGACUCACAAGCGUCUGCUUGUGAGGGUGCAUACAUUGUGCUAUUCUUAUGCUUUGGACACAUCAGUCCUCUUGUCGAAUUUCCUGACUCAACUCGACACUCUUAUCUCCUGCCAGAUUCACGAGCCACGGCUCCAUAUCCCUCGGCUUGGGCUAGCUGACACGCUUCGAAUGAUGGCAGAUCUGGAACUUAAGGGGGCGAGUCGCGACUGCCAGCGAUUGCUCGCCUCUUCGUUAGCCUUUACGUCCUCACUUACUAGCCAUGUCCGAGACUGCAGGCCCCGCAGCAGGCAAUGAAUCCGACCGCCGCCUUCUCGAGCUUGGUUACAAGCCCGAGUUCCGUCGCGAGAUGUCGCUCUUCGGUGUCUUGGGCAUCUCGUUUUGCGCGAUAGGCAUCCUAACAGGGAUGUCGAGUGCCUUUCAGACGGGGUUGUUUUCGGGUGGACCACUGGGCUUGUUCUGGGGGUGGAAUAUCGUUAGCAUAUUCAUGCUCCUCAUCGCCCUUUCGCUGGCAGAGAUCUGCAGCGCGUACCCGACUAUGGGUGGUCUGUACUUCUGGGUGUGCAAGAUGAAGCCCGAUGUGCCGUUCCUUGGAUUCGGCACAGGGUGGUUGUACACCAUCGCCAUGGUUUUCACUGGCACGUCGGGAAAUCUCAGUGUCGCGCUCUACCUGGCCUCUCUUGCGGAAGUCGGCACCGGACACAUCUUGACGCGAGUGGAGAUUGCUGCGAUCGCAUGGGGCGUCAAUAUCGCAUCGGGAAUCAUGAACACCGUUGGGACCAAGGGCAUCGGACGAAUGAGCAGUUUCAAUGUAUGGUGGACUCUUGGCGGAACCUUCGUUUUGGUUAUCACGCUGUUGGUCAAAGCACCUGUCAAGAACUCUGCAACUUUUGUCUUCACUGACCUUGAGAACUUCACCGGUUGGACGAACAAGGGAUUCGUUGUUCUGCUCGGCUUCCUCCAAGCCGUUUACACUCUGGAGGGAUGCGAGACGGCUGCACAAGUCGCGGAGGAAGCGAUCCGUGCGGAAUGGCUUGCGCCACUUGCCGUCGUGGGAUCGAUUGUCGGAUCUUGGCUGAUCGGUCUUGUGUAUAUGCUUGCGCUGCUGUUCUCCAUCCAGUCCGUCCCGCGUGUGCAAGCCACGCCAUAUGCCAUCCCCAUCGCCCAACUGUACCUGGACGCGGUUGGCAAGCGUCUGGCGUUGAUGUGCAUAACUGUCAUCGCGUUGGCUCAAUUUAUGGCCGCGGUGACUGCGUUUACGGCGAGCUCUAGAUUGUUCUACGCGCUUGCCAGAGAUGGAGCAGUGCCUGGCAAGCGCUGGUUCAUGAAGCUCAACCGCUGGCAAGCGCCGUAUGUCGGUGUCUGGCUCUCUGUCUUGGUGGGAUGCGUCAUCUCCUGCGCCUAUAUUGGAUCCGCUGUUGCAUUCAACGCGAUUCUCUCCUCGGCUGCGAUCUCUGUCAUGCUGGGCUAUCUGCAGCCAAUUAUUAUCAGGAUUAGCAUGAGCGUUCGGGGGCCGUUUCACCUCGGAAAGUACUCGUGGAUUGUCAAUCUGUUGGCGUUCUUGUUCACGGUCUUUGUCUGCAUCCUGUUUAUCCUGCCCACGGCGCAGCCGGUCACUUCCCUGAACAUGAACUAUGCCAUUGUAGCGGUGGGCGGCCUGAUGCUGCUGAUCGCUGGCUUGUGGAUAUUCUGGGGGCGAUUCAGGUUCUCUGGGCCUGUGUUCACUCGAGAUCCCGUGAGCAGCGACCCGGAGGCCGAGAAGGAAAAGGAAUCAUUGUAGAGUACUUGACAAUAUGUGCUGACGUAGUUUUCCGGACUCAAUCAUGCGAUGUCCCUUGUGGUCUCGGACGCAAUUAUGUAUCCAGUGUCGA